UAUAUUGUCCGUGUGGGUGGCUCAGGGGGAGUUUUAUUCAAAAUUUAAUUAAAAUUAUAAAUAUACUUUGCGGUGCCCGAAAACAAUUGGAAAUAAAUUGGCAACAGGACUAGCCACAUAAAAGUGGUCAACUGCCGACAGAUGUCACAGUGCAUAUAGUUCAGCGGCAAAUACACCCACAAAAAAACCCCGUCUUUUGCUUACGCAUUGCCCGAAAUCCAUGACAGCAUGUCCGGUAAUCCAUUUGAUAGCGCCGAUGAGGAGCCCAGCGCUAGCAGUGACGAGAUAUUGGAGGGGUUUCUGUGUCCUAUUUGCCGUGCCGAUUUGAAGUCCAUCGAUUUUUUAACCCAGCACUUUGCGCGCCAACAUGCCGAGGAGGAGGAUGCACUAAAGUCCGUCUUCAAGGAUAUAUUUACCAAAGCCAAGAAAAAGAUUCUGAACAAUUUCGAGGAUGAACGCAAUCGUGCUGCGCCGCCAGCAGCCACGCCCUCUGCCAGCGGAACCAAUGCAGCUGGUCCCAAUGGAGCCAAAACGAGCAAUGCGCGAACGCAGCUCAAUGUCUACAACAAUAUGUCUAAGCAGAGUGCGGGCGCAGAGCGUUCCCAUUUUGAGUACUUUCAAACGGUGCGUAAUCCUCGGCUGGAGCGUUAUGCCAGCGAGACGAAUAAGCUGAUCAUAAGGCUGCAUCGCCUGCUUAAGGAUUUGCCCACGGAUGCAGUGCAGCGCAAGCAGCACGAGCAACACACAGUGCCUUGGUUAGACGGCAGCUCCGUCAAGCUGUGCCCCAACUGCGCCAAGAGUUUUCACAUAGCACGCCGACAACAUCAUUGUCGGCUCUGUGGCGGUAUUAUGUGCCACGACUGUUCCCGUUUCUUGCAGCUGGAGAAUGCAUUGCAAUUGGCCAGCUUGUCGACGACACGCGGCGAGCCUUUGCAACAGAUGCAGCAUCAGGAGUAUCGCGCCAUACGCCUCUGCCAGCAUUGCUUGUGGCUGCUGGACACGCGUCAGGACAUGCACGAGAGCCGCACUUGCCGGCCCUUAAUGUCUCAGGUCUAUGAGGAGAUCAGGCAGCUACAGAAACAAGUGACACCCGAUCUGGAUAUGUAUCUAAAGAUUGUCAACAGUCUGCACGAAGGUGAAUCCAUAUUCACGAUUGCGGAUGCAGGCGCAUUGCGCGGCAAGAUUGGUCAGGUCGCUGAGAAAAUUGAUUUGCGCAGCAAACGCAUUUUGACCAUACACUCGGAACCGGGCAGCCGUGAUGAGGCGCUGAAGAAAGCCAUACGUUUGAGCUGCGUGCAGGCCAUAAAGGAGCGCAUGCUCUCACUGCCGCCGCUGCCGGACGAGGCGUAUAUACGCCGGAUACAGGAGCGCAAGCGCAUGGAAACCGAACAGCGCAUUCUCACCGAACAGCGUAUGGCCAUGGAGGCCUACGAGCGCAACGGCUCGGCGGCCCAGUCUGGCGUUAGUCUGGAAAACCGCAGCUUUGCCCAGGGCUCUGAUUUGCAAUCGUUAAACAACUGGUCGGCGCCGCAAGCAUCCGCGACCAUGUCGAGCGUGGACGAUCCGCUGAUUGAGCAAAUCAACAUAAUUAAGGGGUAUAUUAAGCAGGCGCGUCAGGAUCUGAAUUUCGAUGUGGUCGAGACGCUGGAGCUAAAUCUGCGCGAGCUACAGCGCGAGGUCUACGAGCGGCAGAGGCAGUCGAGCAACAGCGCCACAACACCCCAGUUGGACAGCUAAACAUGCAAAUCUAUAUGAAUAUAGAUGUGAACUAUAAUUAUAGUUGCAAUAUAUAUG